CUGGCCGUCGCCGCUACUGCUGCUCCUUCGCGGGCUGAGGGCCCGGGCGUCCCCCGGGCGAGCGGAGGCUGCGGGUGGGAGCCUGCGCGGGCGCUACGGAGCGGGCCGGGGGAGGCCGGGAUGGAGCGCCCCGGAGUUGACUGAAGCGAGCCGGCCGGGUUCCAGAGCCUCAAGGCGGAAUCCGGGGCCUCCUGGGGCUGCAGCGGAUGUUCUGAGAGCAGCGCAGACAUGGCUCACCUCAGGGGAUUUGCCAACCAGCACUCACGUGUGGACCCGGAGGCGCUCUUCACCAAGCUGGACCGCAUCGGCAAGGGCUCCUUCGGGGAGGUGUUCAAGGGCAUCGACAACCGCUCCAAGGAGGUGGUGGCCAUCAAGAUCAUCGACCUGGAGGAGGCUGAGGACGAGAUUGAGGACAUCCAGCAGGAAAUCACGGUGCUGAGCCAGUGCGACAGCCCCUACAUCACCCGCUACUUCGGUUCCUACCUGAAGAGCACGAAGCUGUGGAUUAUCAUGGAGUACCUGGGCGGAGGCUCCGCGCUGGACCUGCUGAAGCCGGGCCCCCUGGAGGAGACCUACAUCGCCACCAUUUUGAGGGAGAUCCUGAAGGGCCUGGACUAUCUACACUCGGAAAGGAAGAUCCACCGAGACAUCAAAGCUGCCAACGUGCUGCUCUCGGAGCAGGGUGACGUGAAGCUGGCGGACUUCGGGGUGGCAGGGCAGCUCACAGACACGCAGAUCAAGAGGAACACGUUUGUGGGCACCCCCUUCUGGAUGGCACCUGAGGUCAUCAAGCAGUCGGCCUACGACUUCAAGGCCGACAUCUGGUCGCUGGGGAUCACAGCCAUCGAGCUGGCCAAGGGCGAGCCUCCGAACUCCGACCUGCACCCCAUGCGUGUCCUGUUCCUGAUCCCCAAGAACAGUCCCCCCACGCUGGAGGGCCACCAUAGUAAGCCCUUCAAGGAGUUUGUGGAGGCCUGCCUCAACAAGGACCCCCGAUUUCGGCCCACUGCCAAAGAGCUCCUGAAGCACAAGUUCAUCACGCGCCACACCAAGAAGACCACCUUCCUCACCGAGCUCAUCGACCGCUACAAGCGCUGGAAGUCGGAGGGGCACGGCGAGGAGUCCAGCUCUGAGGAUUCUGACAUUGAUGGAGAUGCUGAGGACGGAGAGCAGGGCCCCAUCUGGACAUUCCCCCCCACCAUCCGGCCAAGCCCGCACAGCAAGCUGCACAAGGGGACAGCCCUGCAUGGCCCCCAGAAGUCUGCGGAACCUGUCAAGAGGCAGCCAAGGUCCCAGUGCCUGUCCACGUUGGUCCGGCCUGUCUUUGGAGAGCUCAAGGAGAAGCACAGGCAGAGCGGCGGAGGCGUGGGGGCACUGGAGGAGCUGGAGAACGCCUUCAGCCUGGCUGAGGAGUCCUGCCCCGGCAUCUCGGACAAGCUGAUGGCUCGCCUGGUGGAGCGGGUGCAGAGGUUCUCACACAACAGAAACCACCUGACGUCCACCCGCUGAGGCUGCUGUCGGUGGAAGCAGACAGGAGGGUCUUUGUUUUGAGCCCUGCAAGGAUCUGGCUGACUUGGAACCCCUUGAGCUGUGUCACGCCCUGUGGGCCUCACUGUGGGCUCACGGCCCCCCACCCUGUGCAGAGGGCUGUCCCACUCCCCCUCUCGCCGCAAAGACCCAUGGGGAGCCAAGCAGCCCCAUGGAGGCGGCGGGCCGUCUUGUCCAGCCCCCCCUUGGUGGGGCGGCCGCUCAGACUGAUGCGUGGAGACUGUCGGGCAGGUGAGCCUUUGUCCCCACUUGGCCCACGGUGGCCACACAUUUGCCUUGUGGUGUCAGAUCGUGUCUUCUCGUAAGCACGCGUCAGCCAGAAUGCUUUGUUUAAGAAAACCGAACUUCCUCCCUUCCCUGUAUAGCCUGAGGUUACCGUGUUAGUUUUUGUAGAACGUCGAGAGGCUCCUGCCACUUUAAUAAAGACCUGACUUGGAAAUGUA